AUGUCCUUUGGUUUGGCAAAAAGUAAUCGCUCACCACCUUCUCUGUUAGAGGUAGAAGAGAGGAGCAUACCAUGGGGUGAAAGAGAGCGAGACCUGCAGCUUGUCAGAGAUUACAAGCCUCACAAAGAUGUCCAGCAUCUCAGAAUUAUGCUUCAUGGACCACCAGGUGCUGGAAAGUCCAGCUUCAUCAACUCUGUGGACAGUGCUUUAAGAGGCAAAAUCGCAACUCGAGCAUUGGCAGCAGCAACCUUUGGUGACAGUUUCACCAUUGCAUACAGGACAUUUAAAAUUCAGAAAGGAAAUCCAGAAACGUUUUACCCUUUUGUCUUCACUGACACCAAGGGGCUUCAGAACGGCGAUGAGGGAUUAAUUCAUGUAGAAGACAUCAAACUUGCCAUUAGUGGACAUGUCAAAGAAGGUUACACGUUCAAACCCAAAUCUCUCUUGCGUGAAUCAGAUCCUGACUACAACAGUUCUCCUACUUUAGAUGACAAAGUCCACAUACUGGUUGUAGUUAUUCAAGCUGACACAGUGAGCAUAAUCAGUGAUGAAACUUUGGGGAAGAUGAGAGAAGUCAGACUACAUGCUCGUGACAAAGGGAUCCCACAAAUAGCUGUUAUCACUAAAAUUGAUGAAGCCUGUCCUGAAGUCAAAAGAGACAUAAAGAACACCUACAGGAGCAAGCACUUGAAUCAGCUGAUGGACACAGUGAACAGGGACCUGGGUAUUCCACUGAACUGCAUCUUCCUCGUGAAGAACUACCACAAAGAAACUUAUACGAAUAACGAUGUGGAUUCACUGAUACUGAGUGUACUGAAAAAGAUCAUUGACUAUGGAGAGGACUACCUGAAUGACAUACAAUCCUGACCUGUAAUCAAUGUGUGAGCGAGCUAGAAAAUGAAAAUGUUCAGUUACUCUUCAAGUGAUUAUGCUUAUGUUUCAUUUGCCAUCGCUACAGUCAAACAAAAAGGGUGUGAAAAGAAACUUCUUUUCUUUUGCAAAUUAAAUCCAAAUAAAUAUAUAUAUUAUAUAUUCAAAAUGGUAACUGCAUGAAGAAUGACACAUAUAUGCUUGUAAACUGUUAUCUGCCGUGUAACUCAAAUAAAUU